AUGGAGAUUUUUUACUCGGUGGCAUUUUUGACAUCCAUCACGUCAGCUCUCCUCUUCAUUUUGACAGACCAGAGGCCAUCGACUGCACCAGAGGAUCCCUACACUUGUGUCUCCUGCACUGAUGCUGAAUGGUCUGCAGAGGGAAGCACAUCAUGCAACCUGCGGGUGGUGGAGUUUGUACCGUUCACAGACGCUGGAGCUGUGGUCAUCAUGGUUGCUGCCUGGGGCUUGGUGGGACUGAAUCUGGCUGUGUCUGUUCUCUUUGCCAUCAACUACAACACACCUGUGGUCAGAUCUGCUGGAGGACCCAUGUGCUUCCUCAUUUUAAUCUGCCUCACUCUUUCUAGUCUCAGUGUGUACUUUUAUUUUGGUCAGCCAACAGCAGCUUCCUGUGUCUUGAGGUUUUUACCAUUUCUGCUGUUCUACACUGUCUGUCUGGCCUGUUUUGUUGUGCGCUCUUUUCAAAUUGUUUGUAUUUUUAAAAUAGCAGCCAAGUUGCCAAAGCUUUACAGUUUGUGGAUGAAAUAUCACGGACAGUGGCUGGUCAUCGCUGUUGCUUUUGCCAUUCAGGCCCUUUUACUUCUUAUUGGAUACUCUUUUGAUCCUCCCAAACCAUUCAAUGAAACAUUUUGGUACAGAGACAAAAUAGUUCUUGGUUGUGACAUUAAUUUGAAAGCAUCUUCCACUUCUGUGAUUUUCCUUUUAUCCCUGUGUUUUCUUUGCUUCAUUUUCUCCUACAUGGGGAAAGACCUCCCAAAGAACUACAAUGAAGCUAAAUCGAUCACUUUCUGUCUGCUCCUGUUUAUCCUCACAUGGAUCGCCUUUGCCACAGUGUACGUACUUUACAAUGGGGCAUACAUCCAGACUUUGAAUGCUCUGGCAGUCCUCUCCAGUCUGUACUCAUUUCUUAUGUGGUACUUCCUUCCAAAAUGUACUAUUAUUAUCUUCCAACCCCAGAGAAACACACCGCAGUACUUCCAAGGUCUCAUUCAGAGUUACACCAAAACCAUCAGUCAGUAGCUGCAGAAGCAAAUAGUGUCUUCACAUACUCUUAGAACUUUUAGUAACAGCAUAAUUUUCCAAUUUCAUUAAGUGUAUAACAGGUGUAUAGUGUGAUAUUUUCACAUAUAGCAAAAGCAUAACCAAAAGACGUGUUUAUAUCUAAUCUUAACUGACCCAGCAUGACCUGGACUGUCCAAGGC